UUUCAAUUAAAGAUAUCGUCACGCCGGGUGGGUUUGUAGACAUGGGAGAGGAAUUUGAAUAUUCCGCAAAGAGAGAAUUAAUAGAAGAAGCUUUUGGUUUAAAGAAAAAAAGAAACAAAGAAGAAUUUGAAAAAAUGGAAGAAAUUAUUGGUGAAGGAGAAUUAGUUAAAUUUGGUGGUGCUGAGUUAAGUCAGGUAACAGUAAAACAUAGUGUUUUAUGGUGCUUAAUAGGUGUUGAGUAA